AUGGCUACGACCUUCCUGCAGCUAAGCCAGGACCAUCUGAAGCAGCCGGGAAUGAAACUGUUCCCCAAUUACACCCCACCGAUUCCACCCCAUCACAACAACAGCAACAGUAGCAGUAGCGCAACGACAUCGACGACGACAGCUUCCGGCAACUUCUCGACAAUGUCGAACAAUGUCAACAACCAUCACUACCAUCAAAUCACCUACCAGACGCAAACCCUCGCACCGCUCCGGCUAAACCAGGACCACUUCAGCAGUUCGAAAACGAACACCCUCGGUGGAGUCGGCGGCGGUGGCGGCCCAAAUGGCUUGCCCAACGGCCGACCGAAAUAUCAGACCCAUCAUCAUCACCAUCACCACCACCACGAGCAACAGCAGCAUCCAUCGCCGCACCCGCACCACCAUCCCCUAUCCCCAGCGGACCACGAGCUGGACGUGGAUGGCUGUAGUGCCAGCAUCAGUGCGGCCAGUGGCUGCGGCGAUAAUGAGGACGACAGCAAUAGUGCGACCACUACAUCGCCGCCGCACAGUCCGUGUUCGCCCAUCCCGCCGGAACUCCCGAUCCGGAACGGACUGCUGGCGGCGAAUUACAAUGUAAAUACACUUAAUCACAACAACAUCGUCGGCAACGGGACGGCCCCGCCAGCAGCAGCAGUGUCCACCGGAGGCGGUGGCGGUGGCGCCCGCAAGACUAUGCGCCACUAUCACUGAUGCGUGCGACGAGGGAGGAAGUUUCCUAGAGGGAGAGGGGCAGCUGUACAGACCAUUUAACGUGAUUGUGAUUAUUUUUCUAACGAGUAGUAUAGAGGAAAACAAUGGGCUACGGAAGGGGAGCUUAUUUGUAUUAUCGAAUUGAAGAUUUUCCGGGCAGGAAUGAGCUGCUUUCUUGGGCAAGGUAUCAUCUAAUUUGUUGAGUCUUCAAUCGUUCAAUCAGUUAUCAGAGUUGCGCAAUAUCAGUCUUAUCAGGUGACUACAUACUGAUAUUGCACAAUCGUCACUAUCACUCCAGGCCGUUCAAUAUCAAAACGACAAUGACAGGGUACGACCUGAUAUUGACCCGCACUCUAGAUCACAAUCAUUGCAACUGUUGUGUUAUUUUAGUGGGUUUCGCCAAAACUCAAACUUUUUUGUGAUCAACAUGCAAAAUUGUUAUUUUGUACCACAUAUUAAAAUAUCAUUUAGGUAAAUCUUCAUUUGGAUUUUUAAACGAAUUUUAAAGAUGGCCUAUCAGUGAUUUCCACACACCAUCACAGUCAGUCCAGUUCUGAUGGAACAAGGAAAGUGACGGUGACUGAAUAGAGCGCACGCUGACUUGGAUCGCAGUCGGCGUAUCAAAAUCAGCGAUUUGCUUACCAUUGACAGUGACAGAGUGCAACUCUGUCAGUUAUGUGUAUUGUCAUAACAUAACAAAUCGACAUUUCAUUAUACCGAUUCAAGAGGAUUUUGAUAACUGGUUGCACCAGAAUCCCCCAAAACAACAUUUUUCUUAUUUUCGUUUUAAGAAAGGGAUCUUUGUGAUAUCUUAAACUUUGAAAAAGUGGAAAAAUGACAACAUUUUUUCCAAUAUCCGUUUUAAUUUUUUUUAAUAUUUUUUUUUAAAUUCUAUGGAAAAUCCGAUAAUUUUUACCUGAAUGCUAUGGUCUAAGUUACAACUUUCUCAUAUUGAUGUCAUCAUUUUUAAGUAUUUCAUAAAGUAAACCUAAAGUUUUUUUUUUCAGUUUUAUUUUGAAUUUGAUCCGAAAAUUCUUAAUGAAGACUUCAUGGAUUUGCGAAUGAAAAAUCAUCAGACGAAUUUAAUCAACAUAUUUCAGGGUGUAAAGUCAAGGAAAGUUGCUGACGAAUUUUUUGUUGAGAGUCACGAUCUCUAAAUGAAAUUGUUUCACGAUCUACAAAAGAUGAUAUUUUUGCAGUAAUCCGAAAGACAUUUUCAACAGAUAUUUCAGAGAAAAUUUCCAGUUGAAUCUUAUUUUUAAUGCCUUCAAGAAAUGUUUUGCUUCUUGAACAAUCUCAUUUCUGCGAACCAGCUGAGUAACCAGCUCUUAAGCUCUUAAAAUAAUUAGCUUCCUACAAGUACGGGCGCCCAGAAUUACCCCACAAAAUUCGCCGGAAAUAACUCUACGGAAUCUGGAAAAAAUCUAUCAAAGAGUCAAACCUGAAUAUUCUACAGAGAUUUCUAGAGUUUCAUACUGGAAUUAAUUCAGAUAUUCCGCUAGCUAUUCCUCCAAAAUUUAUCAAAAGGUUUGCUUGGACAAUCUUGCAAGCAUUGCUUCUGAAAUUCUUCCAUGAUUCACCAAAGGAUGCAUUUGGAUAACAAUUCAUAGAUAUCUUCAGAUACUACUCCAUGGAUUCCUGUAAAAAUCCUUCAGAAAUUCCCAAAUCGAAUUAUUCAGUUUUUUUUUCUGAGAAUUGAAUAAAAUCUUCGGAAAUUUCUCUGAGAAUUUAUUUAAGAGUUCCUUUAGGGAUUCACUCACUCGCAGUUUUCUUUAGAAUGUUUUUCUAAGUUUUCUAAUUUACAGAGAAAAAAAUAAAGAACUCCUUUAUAACAUUAUCCUUAGAUUCCUUUCGGAAUUGCUCCAUGGAUUCCUUUAGAAAAUUAAAAUAACAACCCUUUCUGAAACACAUCUACGGAUUCCUUUCGCAAAUUAUUUUUAAUACAUCUGCCAUGGAUUUCUUUAGAAAUUGCUCUAGAUUUUAUUAUAGACAAACCCCUAGAAGAUCCUUCAAAAAUUCUCCAAGAAAUCCGCUACAAAAGCUUCCAAGAUUUUCCUCUGAAAUUCCUUCAUAAAUUUCUUCAAAACUCCGUACGAGGAUUCUUUCAGUAAAUCUCGGAUUGUUUUUCAAAAAUGCUUUCAGUAUUUUUGCUCAGAAAAUUUAAAGCUCAGAAAUUUCUCCACGGAUUUCUUCAGAAAAUCUUUCACAAACUCCUUUAUGAAUUUUUCCAAAGUAUUUUAAGAAAAUUCUUCCAGGGAUUCCUUAAGAAAUUUCCCUGGAAAUUACUUCAGAAUUUUUUUUAUAUGACAUCAUUAUAGGUUUGUUCAAGGAUUCCAUCAUGAAAUCAUCUAUGGGUUGCUUUCAAAUUGCUGCAUGGAUUUUCCAGAACGUUUCCUUCAGAAAUUUCCUUGAGAAUUGAUCCAGAAAUUUAUCCACGAAAUCAUUUAUGUAGAUUUCCAUGAGUUCCUACUGAAACUCCGCUAGAGAUUGCUUCAGAAAUUCUUCUACGAAUUCGUUAAGGAAACGCUACGAAGAUUUCACUGGAGAUUCUUUCUCAAUUUUUUAAAGGGAUUCAGAAAAUUCUGUCAAAGAUUCUUUCAUGAAUUUUUCCAGUGGUUUCUUUGAAAAAAAAAAACCCAGAUACAUUCAGAAAUUCAUACAGAUACUUCUUCAGGAAGUCCAUGAGGGAUUUGUUGAGGAAUUGCUCUAAGAAUUCUAUUGAAAAUUACCGCCAAAUUGUGUCCAAGAACUUCUUCAGGGAUCCAUCCAGAAAAUCCUGGAGAUUCCUCCAGGAGAGAUUCCUUUAGAAUUUGCUCCAGAUAUUUCUUUGGCAUUUCCUUCAAGGAUGACGAUUUCACCGCGGAUUCUUUGAAGAGUUUAUUCGGAAAUGUUUCAUAGAAAUUUAUACAGGAAUUGCUUUAGAAACAUCUCAAGAGUUUUUUCAAACGAAUAAGGGAUCUUUAUAGAAGCUUAUCUAUUUUAUUCGGUAAUAUGUUCACAAAUUGCUUCAGGAAUACACUCAGCGAUUUCUUCAGAAUUCAUCCAUCAAUUUCUCCACUUGGUUUUUUUUUUAGAAAAUUUAAGGAUUUCUUCAGGAAUUUCUCAAAGAUUACUCAAUCAACUUUUUUUUUUGAAUUUUUCCAGGAAUUUUUCCAGCCGGGUUUUUAUUCCAAGAAUUUCCCAGGGUUUAGUUUUCAGAUAUUCGUCUAGAUCUUUCUUCAAAAAAUCUUUCUGAGAUUCAUUCAGAUAUUCACGCUCUAAUAUUUCGUCAGAGAUUCUUCAAAGUUUGAGGAAUUUCUUCAGGGAUUUGAAUGCGAGAUUCUUCAACAGUUCUUUCAUGGAGUUUUACAGAAACUCAUCGAAAAAAUUUUUUGAAAAAAAUUCUACAGAGAUUUAUUUGGAAAUUCUUCUGACGGUUUCUUAAAGAACUCCAUGAGUAAUUCCUUGUGGUCUUCCUGGAGAAAUUCCUACACGAUUUUUUUAGAAAUUGCUCCUGUGGCUCCGUUACAUAUAUCUCCUGGGGUUCUUUCAAAAAUUCAUGUAGGAUUUCUUUCUGAUAUACCUCCAGGGAUUUCUUUUUUUCUCGAAGUUCUUCCAGAAAUUGCAUAAAAAAUGCCUGGAAGAAUUCCAAGAAGAAUCUAUGAAGGAAAUUCUAACGGAAUCCCUGGAUGAUUCUCUGAAGGAAUCCUAUCUUUAAAAACUCCUUUUUAUAACUUUGUUUUUGAACCAUUUUUCAGAAACAAACACCAUGGGUUCUCAGGAUUGAAAAUCAAUAAGAAAAUCAAAAACGCAGAAAAAUAUCUAGAGAAGUUGAAUGUUGAUAACAACUCUUGGUAGAAGUUUUGAUAUUGUUGAUUUGAUGGUCAAAUUUAUGAAAAAAAAAACACGACAUUCUAUGGCAUGUUAUACAAAUGUGUGAAAACUCGAUGGUUACAAAAUAAUCCUAUCAGUGUUUCUGUUUUGUUUUUUUUAACCAUGUGUGUUGCUUGGAAACAGAAUGGUCUUUUAAAAAAAAUUCUGGGAACACUGGAGUUGCUGAAAGUUCUUUUGAGGUAAUUCUCGAGGAAUUGCUGAAAAAAACACCGGUAGCUUACUAAUAAUUAGUUUUAUUUAUUUUUUUUAGAGGGACAUUUUGAUUUGAAUCCCUUGGAAUACAUCGGUAAAAUUCUUACAAAACUAUAGACAUGAUUUUGGAAGAAAAUACAUAUUGUUGCAUGAUUUCUCCAAGAUUUUUCUGGCGGAAUAAUAUAAGUGUAAUCUCGUAAAAAAAAUAAAGAAAUUUAUUUCAACACUUCAGGCUUAAACUCAAGAGAAAUGCUUGGAAAAAAAUAAUUUUGUUUAAAAUAUUUGGAGCUAUUUCCAGAAACAACCACCGUUGAUGCACAGAACUGAAAGCAUAUAAGUACAACACGCUCAAACACAACAAAAAAUCUAAAGAAGUUACCAAAGUUCUGAAGACCGUUUUAAACAAAAUAACAGAUUUUGGCAAAACACACAGUCAUAUGGCUGAAUUUGUAAAUGAAAAAUUGUGAAAUUUGUUUCGUAAAUUAAAAUUUGAUUAAAUUUAAGACUCCAUGGGGGUAUUUUGGGGGAGUAUACAUACAUAUUAUGUCAAACAAAACAGUUCGAAAAUGUGUUUGUUUACUCGGCGGGUGUGGGACAUUUCAAAUAUCACUAAGAGGAUUCCUAUUUUUAUUUGAAGAAAUGUUCAUGCUGGGCUUUAAAAGAAUCUUGUGAAAUUCCAAACUGUAAAGAGUUAAGUUGUUAUUGGUGAAAUUUCUUCGACUUUUUUCUGAUGCUUUUCUAAAAACAAAUUCAGCAUUUUGUUUUUAAUUUCGGAAAAAAAAAUCUUCGAAAUUAAGGUUUACAAAAAUUCUUGGGUGUAUACUAAAGAAUUUCAUAACUAUAUUUUUAUUGAAACCCACAAGAACUCAACACAACUCAACUCAAAGAAACUUCCACAAAGAAAUGUUUGAUAUUGCUUUCAAGGUAAUCCUUGGGGAAUUUCUGCAAAAAAAAACAGUAGCUUUUCUGAACAUUAUUUUUUAAUUUUUUUAAAUUUCCAGUAAUUUUAAUAUUUCAAUAAUUCAAUAGAUUCAGUGAAAUUGUGAAAAUUUAUUAGAGACUUUUACAUGAUAUCUUGAUUAUAUUUUAUAUUUUUGGUUUUUUUAUUGAUUUUAUCAAUAUUAUAUAAUCUAUGCAUGGAAUGGUCGUUCCCAUUUCAGAAAAAAAGGGGCGCAGUAGUCGGGAAUUCCACGACGUAAUCUCGAACUAAAUGCGUUGCUCCCAGUAAUCACAAUACCCGUCAUAUUUGUAGUUAUUCAGAAAGCUUUUCAUGAAUCUACUGCCAACCAGACCAGAAUAAAAUAUCCAUAUUUAAACUAGCUUGACCAUCCAGCAAGGAAAGCUGUUUUUUACCUUUUUUUUUAAUAUACGGACAUUGGAGAGACCUUACAAUAUGCCAAAUAUACAAAGUUUUGCAAAAAUUUGAAAAAUUGUCCAUUUACUAAAAUCCUAAUAUCUCAGCUUCUAGACAAGAUAUUUUAAAUCUUUUUUUUAAGAGAAAAGACGCAUACAAAUAGUACUAUCAGAUAAAACUGUCAAAAUUGAAAAUAAAAAAUCGUGCAUGUAUUUUUUUCUCAAAUUUAGAUGAAAAAUUCUCAAAAAAUAUUCCUUUUAUUAACAUAAAAACGGUUCUACCGUCAAUAUAAAUACAAUAUUUAAAAAACUUAUCCCCUUCAAGAAUUCAUAGAAGUUCAUAGAAAAAUACAAAAAUAUUGAAAAAAUUCAGAAAUUGAAAAAUUAUUACGAAAAAAUGAUUUUUUGAGACUUUUCAUGAAAAAAGGCCAUUUUUCAAAAAUCGCCCUAGCGGAACCUCUAAAUAUUUUUUAGAAAAUCGAAAUGUUCUACAAAAAUGCUUCAAAUAUGCAUAUCUUUCAAUUAAGGGUUGAGCACCUUGACUUUUCGAACAUCGAUUUUUUUUGGACAGUCUAAUGUUUGAUGCACUUCACAGAAAAGUUAUAGCCAGUUGAACACUAUUCGAAAAAAAAAUCUUUCUCCUGUUUUUCUUCUUCCUUCUUCGGCAUAUUUAUAAAGAGAUCUGGAAUCAAUAAGCACGAAAUGUUUGAGUUUUUUUAUCUUAUUAUUUUGCGGAUUUGUUAUUUGUUUUUUUGAUUCUACGAACGAUUCUUGCUAGAAUGCUUAUGGGAUCUAAGGUUGGUGGAAUGGGUUUGUUGGCACGUUCCGAUGAGUGUGAUUAUUGUUGAAAAAUUAUGUAUGUGAGUGAGAUUACGAUUGAAAAUGGAUACAUCUCCAGAAAUUACACCUGUGGCAAUUACAUUUUUUUUUUCCUGUGUAGUACGAAGUUCUAGUAGAAUUCCUUGAAAGAGCAAUGAUGCUAAUUUAUGUGCUUCCUGUUGAACUUUCGUGAAUAAUUUGCUGCGGAAUACGCUGAAAAAUGCUUUCACAGCACGCGUAAUGAUUUUUUUUUUAACAUUUCAUGAAAAUAAUUUAAGCAAUUCUAGGGAAAAUGCUUAACAAAAUUGAAGGAAUGCAUUUAAAAUCCUAGAGUUGUCUCUAGGAAUAUUUUUAUAAAUUCGGCAAAAAUAAUUGAAAUUUGUAUUAUUAAAAAAAAAACCUUUAAUACUGUUGCAUUUUUUUUUUGUCUCACAAAGCUGCAAAAGAAUUUAGUAUUUAGUGUUCUGAAGUAAGUAUUUUUCCUAAUUUCUGGAAACGUACUGCAACAAUGUUUUUAAGAGAUUUACCGCAAUGCGGCAUUCACCACUGAACAAUGUUUUUGUUAUCCCUUUAUCAUCAGUUUCAAAUAACCCAGUAGGAAAAUUGCUCAAAAAUGUUUUUGAAGAAACUUUCAGUUAUUUUGUUGUUAAAACAGCUGAAUUGAAACUUAACUGAAAAUUAAUAUCAUGUUAGUAUUUGCAAGGUUACUUAAGAACAACAAUCAAGGAAUUUUGGGCUUGUAAAAGUAGAACAAAUAAUAUGUUUAUUUGUUGCUGGGGUCGUCUGAUGCCAAGAUUAAUUAUUUUAAUUUUCUUUUGUGAAGAGUCGAUUACAUAUUGAUACUCGUUUGAAUAAUUGUUAAUUUUCAAAUUGGUGAAAUUAUACUGAAUGCUUGCACACUCAAUCCUGAAUAUCCUGUUUGGUACUUUUUUGACGAAAAUAGAACAGCAGAACUAUUUCGGUUGCUCGAUAAUCGAUUUUACAGAGGCUCGGUACAUAAAAUGUGGAAAACGUUGGCGAAAGGUGAACAUUCCAUUUUUGCUGUAUUCAACUGUUCUAGGUACUUCAAAAAUUUCUAAGUUCUUCUAAAAAUUUCGGUAUGCAAAAUGUAUAUGGCUCGUGGAUUUCAAAAAAUAUAUGAUAAAAAUUGCUAACAUUUUAUCAUUUUGUGAGAAAACGUAAUUUAUUAUGAAUUGUGUGGUAGCAGUGGAUUUUCUAAAUUUCUGCGAUGCCUUCAAAUGUAUCGAUUUGACAAACUGUGAUGACUAAUUCUUGUGAUAGAAGAAGGGACUGAGUGGGUUACAAAUUACAGGUCGGACUCAAUUAUCCGGAGUCGUGUUCAAAGGCUUUCCAAACAAAUCUGUGGCAGACGAAAGCUGUAUAAAACCUUUAUUUUGAUUGGAGUGGCAAUAUAUCAGCUUUUACAACAAUUCCGUUCGCCAGAUAGGGUCUGGGACCAUUUGGGCAGGAACACCUAUGUUAGGCACUUGCUGCUAUAACUCAGUCAAUUUGGAACCGAUUGACUUGAAUUUUGAGAAACGAUCAGAUAGGCACAGUAUCUAGCCAUGACCAAAAAUUCAAGUCAAUCGGUUCAAAAUUGACUGAGUUAUAGCAGCAAGUGCCCAGAAUAGGUGCUCCUGGCCAAAUGGUCUCAGAGCCUAUGUCCAUUCUGCUAAACAAACUGGUACUUUACCCAAGAAAAUAGCUCAUUCUUGUGUCGAAAUAGAAUAAAAAGAAAACCCUAGCAAAUAGAAAACAUAAAACAAUUCAAGCAAAGCAUUCUUACGAAAACGAUGUGACUAAGAAAAAUCGAACAAACCAUAUUGUAAAUCGUCAGCAUCACCUGUGCAAAUUUCCACAAGCAAUAUCUUCUUGACAAAUCCUGCAUCCAAUACGUAUACUGUAUGUGCGUGUGUGUAUGUAUUAUGAAGCGCCAGACUACCUACCUACUAUUACAAUUUGAUCAAAAUCACGAAACGUACUACACUUCUUAAAAUAAUUUAAGCAAAGUUCCAAACUCAAAGCCACUCGGUGUUGCGGAGUGACUCUACACAACUGCGAAUUGAUCGUUUCUUUUGAUGAUGUGAUUCUAAGUUUAUGGUUUGUAAAACUUUUUUUUUGUAAAAAUCUAAUUGUUGAUGAUGUAUUCACACUGUGUAUAUACUUAGACGAGAAAACGGAAGCAAAACUAAAUUAAUUUGAAACAAAGAAGAACUGUGUAUAUGAACAAAAAAUCUAAGGAUAGCGCUAGGAAUAUUCUAAUGACGUAAAUCUUAAAAUCAAAAAAUCCUUAAACUGAUCUACAAAUCGCAAAAACACACGGAAUUUAUAUCAUAGAAGAUAGACAAAUAUAAUAGGACUAUAUAGGAGCAGCUACAGCUGGACAGCUACUGAAAACUACACGUUUUUAUCAUUAUCAAUCACGAAUGUUUUCACGUAAAAGAGAAUAAUAAAAACAACAAACAGUCAAACUUGAAACCGUACUUCUAGGAUAAACUUAGCUAAAACAAACUACAUUAAAUGCAAAUGUCGCGUUUAAAACGUCUACAUUUAAGGAACAAGCAUCGGAAGAAAAGCAAAUCCGACCGAACCGAGCAACGGAAAAAACGACGGGAAGAAAAUUGAAAGCCGAAGAAACGAAUGUGUCGCUUGUAAAUAUUAUACAUACGUAGUAGUCGAUUGAGGUGAACGAAAACGAAGAAACAUUGAUGAGAAUAAACGAGUAUUUUUGAUUAAAAUAAA